AUGAUCAAGAAGGAGGCCAAGCCCAGAUUGAUUAGAUGGAUCUUGCUGCUGCAGGAGUAUGACCUAGCGAUCAAGGACAAGAAGGGAAGCGAGAAUGUGGUGGCGGACCAUUUGAGCAGGAUAGUACAUGAGGAGGACAUCCAGCCCCUACAGGAAACUUUCCCAGAUGAGCAGCUCUUUGGGAUAGAGGUUAGUGUGCCCUGGUAUGCGGAUAUAGUUAACUAUUUAGUCACUAGGACAUUUCCUGACACACUUUCCAAAGCUAGUAAGGAUAAAUUGAAGAAAAUGGCUAGGCACUUUAUUUGGGAUGAGCCCUAUUUAUGGAAACAUUGUAGUGACCAAGUCAUUAGGAGAUGUGUCCCAGAGUCUGAGCAUAGGUCAAUUCUGUCAUUUUGCCAUAGUGAGGCUUGUGGAGGCCACUUUGGGCCUCGUAGAACGGCCUUGAAGGUCUUAGACUGUGGAUUUUAUUGGCCCACUAUCUUCAAGGAUGCAAACUUGUUUUGUAUUUCUUGUGAUAGAUGCCAACGGACUGGUAAUCUUGGCCCAAAAGAUCAAAUGCCCAUGAGCCCAAUAAUAACUGUAGAAAUUUUCGAUGUUUGGGGCAUUGACUUUAUGGGCCCAUUUCCUUCGUCUAAUGGCUGUUUAUAUAUACUAUUGGCUGUGGACUAUGUAUCAAAGUGGGUGGAAGCAAAAGCCACCAGGACUAACGAUUCAAAAGUGGUUGCAGGUUUCUUGAAAACUAACAUAUUUUCCAGGUUUGGUGUGCCACGUGUGCUGAUCAGUGAUGGAGGUUCUCAUUUUUGCAACCGGACAAUCGAGGCUUUGCUGAAGAAGUAUGGGGUAACCCAUAAGGUGUCCACGCCCUACCACCCUCAGACCAGUGGCCAAAAGGAGGCAAAACCAAGGCUAAUUCGUUGGAUCCUCUUGCUUCAAGAGUUUGAUGUGGAGAUCAAGGACAAAAAGGGCUCUGACAACGUUGUGGCCGACCACUUGAGUAGGCUAGUAAGUGAGGAGGACGCCAUACCUAUAGUGGAGAUGUUUCCGGAUGAACAACUCUUCGGAAUCCAGGUAAGUGAGCCUUGGUAUGCUGAUAUUGUAAAUCAUUUAGUCUCUAAAACGUUCCCUAGUGAUAUGCCAAGUGGAAAACGUGCUAGACUUAAAUCUUUAGCUAGAGACUAUGUUUGGGAUGAUCCUUACUUGUGGAAAUAUUGUUCUGAUCAAUUAAUAAGGAGAUGUGUGCCUAAUAAUGAGACAUGUGAUAGAUGCCAAAGAACUGGAAAUUUAGGACCUAAGGAUCAAAUGCCCUUAAAUUCUAUAAUAGUUGUCGAAAUCUUUGAUGUUUGGGGUAUUGAUUUUAUGGGACCUUUUUCUUCAUCUCAUGGCUUUCUUUAUAUUCUCUUAGCUGUUGAUUAUGUUUCUAAGUGGGUGGAAGCGAAAGCCACCAGGACUAAUGAUUCUAAAGUCAUUGCAGAGUUUAUAAGAUCUAACAUUUUUAGUAGGUAUGGAAUGCCAAGAGCUAUCAUUAGUGAUGGAGGUUCUCACUUUUGCAACAAGACCAUUGAGGCUUUGCUUAGGAAGUACAACGUUACUCAUAAGGUUUCGACGCCUUAUCAUCCUCAAACGAGUGGACAAGCAGAAGUUUCGAAUAGGGAGAUCAAGAGGAUACUUGAGAAAACUGUGGGGCCUUCAAGGAAAGAUUGGAGUCAACGUUUAGAGGAUGCAUUGUGGGCAUAUAGGACGGCUUACAAGACACCAAUUGGGAUGUCACCAUUCCGGUUAGUGUAUGGGAAGCCGUGCCACUUACCUGUGGAGUUGGAGCACAAAGCUUGGUGGGCCGUGAGGAAUUUCAACAUGGACUUGGAUGCAGCUGGAGUUCAUAGGAAGUUGCAACUCAAUGAACUUGAGGAAAUUCGAAAUGAUGCCUAUGAUAGUGCACGGCUUUACAAGGAAAAGACAAAGGCUUUUCAUGAUAAGAUGAUUCGUGGAAAGACCUUUCGCCUAGCUGGACAUGAUUACUACUGCUUCUUGGAUGGCUACUCAGGAUAUAAUCAGAUUCACAUAGCCAAUGAGGACCAAGAGAAGACAACGUUCACCUGCCCUUUUGGGGCUUUUGCUUAUCGUCGCAUGCCUUUCGGACUAUGCAACGCACCAGGUACUUUUCAGAGGUGUAUGGUAAGUAUAUUUUCAGAUUAUAUUGAGAAAAUCAUAGAGGUAUUCAUGGAUGAUUUUUCUGUUUUUGGAAAAAGUUAUGAUGAUUGUCUUAAUAAUCUGGAAAUAAUUCUGAAACGUUGCAUGGAAACUAACCUUGUAUUAAAUUGGGAAAAAUGCCAUUUUAUGGUUAGACAAGGUAUAGUUCUAGGGCAUAUUAUCUCUGCUAGGGGCAUAGAGGUCGAUAAAGCUAAGGUAGACCUUGUGCGUUACUUACCCCCUCCCACUUCUGUGAGAGAGAUUCGUUCCUUUCUUGGUCAUGCAGGGUUUUACAGGAGGUUUAUCAAGGACUUCUCCAAGAUUUCGAGACCUCUAUGCCAACUACUCCAAAAGGAUGUGACCUUUACAUUUGACAAGGAGUGUCAAGAAGCUUUUGACAAGCUUAAGGAGUUGUUGACAUCUGCCCCAAUCAUGCUACCUCCAGAUUGGUCCUUGCCCUUUGAGUUAAUGUGUGAUGCCUCUGACUAUGCAAAUGGAGCUGUUUUAGGGCAAAGGAAGGACAAACGACCUUAUGCCAUCUACUACGCGGACGGAUAUAGUGGGUACAACCAGAUCUGCAUAGCCCACGAGGAUCAGGAGAAGACGACCUUCACGUGCCCCUUUGGGACCUUUGCUUAUAGGCGCAUGCCCUUCGGCUUAUGCAACGCACCAGGUACUUUCCAAAGAUGUAUGCUUUCCAUUUUCUCAGAAUACAUUGAAAAUAUUAUUGAAGUCUUUAUGGACGACUUUAGUGUCUUCGGUAAAGAUUUUGAUACUUGUUUAGAGAAUCUAGGAUUGAUACUUGAGAGGUGUGUAGAAACUAACCUUGUGCUGAAUUGGGAGAAGUGUCACUUCAUGGUGACACAAGGGAUAGUGUUAGGACACAUAAUAUCUGCUAGGGGCAUUGAGGUAGAUAAGGCUAAGGUUGAUCUUGUACGUCACUUACCCUCCCCCACAACUGUGAGGGAGGUACGCUCUUUUCUUGGCCAUGCAGGAUUUUACAGGCGGUUCAUCAAAGACUUCUCCAAGGUGGCGAGACCUAUGUGUGCCCUAUUGCAAAAGGACGUGCCCUUUGUGUUCAAUGAGGAUUGCAAGAAGGCGUUUGAAAAGCUCAAGGAGUUGUUGACCACGGCCCCCAUCAUGUGCCCACCGGAUUGGAGUCUACCCUUCGAGCUUAUGUGUGAUGCAUCAGACUAUGCUGUUGGAGCUGUGUUGGGCCAGAGGAAGGAUAAGAAGCCCUAUGCUAUUUACUAUGCUUCUCGGACCCUCAACGACGCCCAGCUCAACUACUCCACCACUGAAAAAGAACUCUUGGCUGUAGUCUUUGCUUUAGAUAAGUUUCGUUCUUAUUUAUUACACUCUAAAGUAAUUGUUUACUCUGACCAUGCAGCCUUGAGAUAUCUGAUGAUCAAGAAGGAGGCCAAGCCCAGAUUGAUUAGAUGGAUCUUGCUGCUGCAGGAGUUUGACCUAGAGAUCAAGGACAAGAAGGGAAGCGAGAAUGUGGUGGCGGACCAUUUGAGCAGGAUAGUACAUGAGGAGGACAUCCAGCCCCUACAGGAAACUUUCCCAGAUGAGCAGCUCUUUGGGAUAGAGGUUAGUGUGCCCUGGUAUGCGGAUAUAGUUAACUAUUUAGUCACUAGGACAUUUCCUGACACACUUUCCAAAGCUAGUAAGGAUAAAUUGAAGAAAAUGGCUAGGCACUUUAUUUGGGAUGAGCCCUAUUUAUGGAAACAUUGUAGUGACCAAGUCAUUAGGAGAUGUGUCCCAAAGUCUGAGCAUAGGUCAAUUCUGUCAUUUUGCCAUAGUGAGGCUUGUGGAGGCCACUUUGGGCCUCGUAGAACGGCCUUGAAGGUCUUAGACUGUGGAUUUUAUUGGCCCACUAUCUUCAAGGAUGCAAACUUGUUUUGUAUUUCUUGUGAUAGAUGCCAACGGACUGGUAAUCUUGGCCCAAAAGAUCAAAUGCCCAUGAGCCCAAUAAUAACUGUAGAAAUUUUCGAUGUUUGGGGCAUUGACUUUAUGGGCCCAUUUCCUUCGUCUAAUGGCUGUUUAUAUAUACUAUUGGCUGUGGACUAUGUAUCAAAGUGGGUGGAAGCAAAAGCCACCAGGACUAACGAUUCAAAAGUGGUUGCAGGUUUCUUGAAAACUAACAUAUUUUCCAGGUUUGGUGUGCCACGUGUGCUGAUCAGUGAUGGAGGUUCUCAUUUUUGCAACCGGACAAUCGAGGCUUUGCUGAAGAAGUAUGGGGUAACCCAUAAGGUGUCCACGCCCUACCACCCUCAGACCAGUGGCCAAGCAGAGGUGUCCAACAGGGAGAUCAAGAGGAUACUCGAAAAGACAGUGGGCCCAACAAGGAAGGAUUGGAGCCAGAGAUUAGAUGAUGCAUUGUGGGCCUACAGAACAGCCUACAAGACGCCUAUUGGGAUGUCUCCCUUUAGGUUGGCCUACGGAAAGGCAUGCCACCUUCCAGUGGAGCUAGAGCACAAGGCUUGGUGGGCUGUCCAAAAGUUCAACAUGGAUUAUGAUGAAGCGGGCCUACAUAGGAAGCUACAGCUAAAUGAGCUUGAGGAGAUAAGGAAUGAGGCCUACGAUGCUUCAUGGAUCUACAAGGAGAAGACAAAGGCCUACCAUGACAAAAUGAUCCGCGGAAAAAGCUUCCAAGUGGGCCAGAAAGUUCUGUUAUUCCAUUCCAGACUUAAGCUAUUCCCUGGUAAACUUCGUUCUCGUUGGGUUGGCCCAUUUAUAGUUACAAAUGUGUUUGCUCAUGGUGCUGUAGAGAUCAAGAGUGAGAAGACGGGGAAGGAGUUCAAGGUAAAUGGGCAUCGUCUCAAGCCCUACUAUGAGUCCUUCGUGGGGCACACAUUGGAAGAGAUACCCCUCCAGGAGGCACCCCAUGACGUGUGAACAAGGAGAAGAGUCCCGGCUGAAGGACUAUAAAUAUUAAGCGCUGCAUGGGAGGCAACCCAUUUCAACAGAAGCUGUGGAGGAGCCAUCAACGAGAGUUUGACAU